AUGGAACUGGAGUUCUACAGCCUGUACUUGUGCAGCUCGCCUCAGCGAUCGGCCUGCCUCUUGGUGGAAACUGAAGCUGCCGAGAUGAAGCAGGUGCAAGCGAGAGUCUUGGCCGAAAUGCGAGACGAGUGGAAGAUGCUGCAAGAGAUGGAGGACAACAAGGAGAUGCAUGCAUUGUUGCAAAAGGAGUGUCCGUUCGUCUUCUUCCACCACUUCAGAGAGAUCCCCGUCUGUUUCGAGCAAUGCAAAUGGACGAUGUCCCCGCAGACAUUUUCCUGUGUGCAAGCCUGGCACCCCAGGUUCAGCUGGUCUUCGAACAUCGAAGACCUUUUUGCUGCCCUUCAGGAUGCAUGCCGCCGUGGUGUGAAGAACGGAGAUGCAAGUCUGAGCAACCUGCAAUGUGUGACAGUGAGAGCAGUCCAGCAGAAGAUGGAUGUGGAGGAUGGCCCGAACCUUGUGAAGCUCGAAAGCGAGGACUACGAAGGCAAAACCGUUCGCAGUUCGGACAUUCGCAUAGACGACGUCUUGAAGCCGUACGAGACCACAAGUGCUUUCAAUCAUUGCAAAUCCCAGCUCAAUUUCCUCAAAGGCCUCGGGCUUGCAAAGAAGAGUGGGCGAGAUCUGCUCGAAGCUUCGGAGAAGUUUUGGAUUCCGGCAAUUAUGCAAAGGGGCCAGCUGCUUCAGAUCCGGGAAUCCUUCUACCUCUGUGCUGGUGGGACGCCGGCCGUGCUGUAUGUGCUGGCCUCAAUGGCAUUGCAGCUCGAGGAGUUGAAUCUGCUGUUCUCUGGACCUUUGCCUGUGGCGGCAGACGACGAGACGCAGAUGCUGGCCCAGGCCAGCAGGUAUGCAAUGAAGGACCCGCUGCUCGAGAAUGAGACGGUGAAGACCCUCGUGAUCAAGAUCAGAGAUGGGCAGCACCCCCUGCAAGCAAUGCUGCUGGAUGAUAUUUCCGAUGUCAGAGUUUUCUCCUACAGUGUUCACUGGCUCCCCGCAAACUGGGCUGCCAAAGUCGGAGCUUCUCUCUGCCUACGAAGGGCAGCAAGUGGGAUGCCCCCUGUGGUGGACAUGGUGAAAAGCAAGGCAAUUGUACGCCUGACAUCGGAGCAGCUGUCGAAGCUUUUGGGGGCCCACGGGGUGACAACAAGAAAAAACAGCACGAAGACAUUCAAGACCAGACAAAUCAUGCAGCUGCCAUUGGUCAGCCAGCAGUGCUCCCAAGAGGAGCUGACAGCAUUGGAUGAAUUGCUGAAAGAAAUUGAUGCCAAGAGACGCAAGCAGCCAAAGGAAGAGCAGGAAGGGGAUGAAGAUGGAGAUGAGGUGUGGGAUGCAGCAGGUGACCGGGCUCACGAUCCUGCUGUGGAGUAUGCAGAGCAGAUGCUUGGAGAGAUGCCGGACACGGAGGACGAAGGCGAUGGAGCAGGAGAUGAUGCUGCUGUGGAGCCGGAGCCGAAUGGUGCUGGCAACGGCUUUGUCUUCGUGCUCCCCAGUGCCCCCGUGGUUGCAGGAGCGAUUUGCAAUGCCGGCUGA